AUGAGUAGCUACCGCGGCGAUCACUACUCCCCUCCGUCACGUCAGCAAGGCUCCCACGGUCGAUCAGGAUACCAGCAGCCCUUCGGCGACGCACCUCCCGAUUCUCUGGACCCGCUGGACCCGUUAAGCAACGUGCAAAGACCUAAAGGCUACCCCGAGCGAGAUAAUGGGUGGGGCAGACGACGACCUCGUGCCGACAGCCAAGCUGCUCCCUCGCGACCGGUCGAGCCGUAUCAGAGGGCUGUACCCUCGGCGUCCGAGCCUAGGACGUUGCCACCUCCGCCAAACCAUGCAUGGGACACUUGCAGUCCAGCAUCGGAAGCGCUUCCACGACACCGUCCACCCGUGGCUGAUCCCAGGAGACCUCUUACUCCUCCUCAACGCUAUGGUCAUGGGAGCGCUGUUCCAUCGCCGUCCGAUCCGAGGACGCUUCCCCCUCCGCCUGAUCAUGGAUGGGACAGCUCUGCUCCGGCUACGGAGGCGCUUCCACCCUCUCAGUACAACAGACCACCCAUGGCCGAUCCAAGGCCUCGGAUACCGCCGCCACACUACGGACGGGCAGCCCAUUCAACUCCCACCCCCGGUCAUCCUCCUCCUGUCCAUCGCGAGAGUGACGGUCGCAGAUCUAGGGCCGAGGAUCAGCAGGUCUUGCACUCUGCACCUUUUCCAGCGUCAUCUCCCGGCUUCAACGCCAGACCAGCAACCAGUGAUCCAAGGCGUCCCUCAGCAUCGUCGAGCCACGGCUGGGAGCCUCAACCGGCUCUAGUGUUGGACGUGCCGCCAAGCUAUCCAGUCAUCUCACAAGAAGAGGUCAAGCUCGAGUACACGCUCCGCAUGAUCGAGGGACGACUGAACCAGCAGCUCGCGGUUCCAGCGCCAGAGUGGGAGGGCGUCGACACCAAGCUCAUCACGCAGCUGAUCGAAGAGCACCAGGGCCUCAAAACCCUCAACACCAUGCGGCCAAGAACGAUGCACACGGCCAUGUCACACUAUUGCGUCAUGAUCGAAUGCAUGGCUGCGAAUCGAGCGCAUCCUACGGCGCAGGAAAAGCUUACCACAAUUCGCAACGGGGUUCAGAACAUCGUCUUCGACAUCUGCGAGGACGAAAGCGUGGGCACCCGCAAGCAAGGCCAUCGGGCCUUGUUGGAGCUCAGCUCUCGCGAUAUUACGCUCCUCACGAGCAAUCUCACAGCUCUGGUAGAACUUAUGCAGAAUCACGACGACGACGAGCGUACCCUCGUGCGUGAGGUCAUCCUCAAGCAUUUCCGAUCGGCUCAGCAAAGCGACUAUCCCGAGGCCAGUGUGACCAGCUGCUUCGAUCUGAUGUUCGGCGAUAAGCUGGAGCUGCGUGGCCUAGUUGUCGACUUCUUCGCGUCUGACUGGGGCCAGAAGGUGGUGGACACGAUCGUCGGCGAGCUUACGCAUGAGGCAGCUCUCGCGAAGCACCUUGCAGAAACUCUGCCGCUCGCGACCAAGUUUGCAUUGCCGAAGGUCGUCUCCCUUCUUCACGACUUGCAGAGCAUCUGGGUUGGACCUGAUGACGAGCUCUCAGAGUCCGACCGAGAGGCAGCUCGCGAAGCAGCCGUUGCCGUUCUCUGGAAUCUCGGCUGGAUCCUGAUGGUGAAACACAACCUCAGCCCGGUUCCUCCCGGUCACAGCAGCGAAGACGACCAGAGCGGUACGAGCUCUAUGCUUUCACCUGCUCUCACCGAUGUGCUUGCAGAAUGGGAUGGGUCUAGCAAGAUUCCGCUCAUCACCGACGGCUUGAAGACUUUCAGCAGCCUCCUUCAAGUAGUCGACCGCACGAUGCUCGGUCGAGGGGAGCAGAUCCAGCUGGCUGCUGUUCAAAAGCUCUCCGAGGCCAAAAUCUUCCUCAACGAGCUCGACGCUUCGACCACAUAUCUGUUCUACUACCUGCCACUCGAAGAAGGGGCGAUCGAAGAGCCUGCAGCGCUCGUACACCACUUCUCCGCGGCACAGAAGCUCGUCUUGUUCCGAUCAGCAUCGAAUCUGGCAGCGCGAGUGGCAUCGACCGCAAAGCAAUGCCCACCAGAGCUUGCUUUUGCCGGAGGCAGCACUGCUUCAGACAUUUCGAAGAUCAUCGCUCGAGCGCUGAUGACCCACGUACCGAUUAACGGCGUCUCGUGUGUUCGUAUUGGCGAUGCAGAUCGUAGCCCUGCCGUCACAAGGGCUCGAAAGGCGUAUACGAUGCUUGCGAGCGAGGCCCUCCUCACUGCGCUCGACCAGUGCAGGUCUACGAUUGAAAGGCCAACAUGGAUCGACGGUCACUUUCAAGACCGCGUGAAGGACAUCAUCGGUCUCGCACGCGAAGUGGAAGAGAGGGAGCUGUACCCAGAGGAGGUGCGCGAAUCGGCGGGCUCUGUGAUCAGACUGGGCCAACGGUGCCUCAGAGACGCGCGCAGGAGUGACGCCGAGCAGCCCAUCCCAACGUGGCUGAUACCACCUCCGCCAUUCCCGCAGUGGGUCAAUCCGCUGAAGGCACAAGAAGAGGCGUCAUCAUCCAACGCGGAGCUGGGCAAGGGCAAAAGGCGAGCCGACUCUGAGGACGUUCGACGUGUUCGCGGACGAGGUGCAGUCCGUGCGUUUGGCGCGGACGCCCGGGACGCCGAUGUCAAAGUCGAACACAAAGACGCAGGUCCUCCUUCGCCCACCGAAAAGGGCAUCGCGAUCAAAGGCAGUAGUCAAGCAGGACGACCAGCGGUCGAGUCGCGCCGAGACGUGAAGACGGAGGAUUGGGGGACCCAAGACGACCAGCCUUCGUUGUUGGACCGGAUUGACGAUCGCAAGAUGUCCAAUGAACGCGGUCAGUCGUCGACAUCUCAUUAUCGAGCCAGGACGGAGGAUCGGAGGGAUUCUCAGGAGUAUCGAUCGCGUCGAAGGGACGAUGAUGCCUAUCGUCGGGGUCGACACCGUGAUGAGGGCUAUUACGAGCACUACGAUCGUGGGGGACGGGAUUGGAGGAGACGUUGA